AUGGUGCCAGACAUGAAAAUCAACCAACGCUGCAUGGGACGAAACGGCGAAACGGCGAUGCAGGGCAUCAGGUUGCUGCAUCUCCCCCCACGCCACGGAGUAUACAUCUACAUCUUAACCGCCAUCCAUGACGGCAAAUUCCAACUUCCAGCAUCCCAGGCAAUUACCAUGGUACUCACCCUGGCUGGUAUAUCCGAGCUCCAAGCUUCCACCUUGCGGACAACUUGUCUACUACGGGCCGUUCUCCAUACACGUCGACACGUCGACACGACCAGAACGCGCUCCCGUUCGGGCAUAUCUCUACACCAGACGCCAAACAUGGCAGCAAUUGAGUUCUGGGGUUCUGCGUGGCAGCUUGAGCAUGGCGUCAACACGGACAAGGAAGAUGAGACGACGGUGGGGGCUGCUGUCAUGGAUGUCCGUCCGCCGUUAUUCCCAGCAAGGGCCUACUACAUCUACCACGAUAUCAAGACCCUCGUCGAAUUAGCCCGCUGUCACCUUGCGCUACCACCGUCGACAUGGCCAAUAACGAUAGGACCAUGCGGUGGUGAAGACGCGUGGGAUGGGAUGGAUGGGAUGCGCCGUCCCAGCUUGGUGACCACCGCCGACUUCAUCACAUCGUAUAACUACAACUAUACAGACUUUCCCCAACUCAGAUCUCCACCCGUCCACGGCCUCGCUCGAGAAAUUGUGGACGCUAAGCCGCGGGGAAGACCGGAAGAGAAGCCUAUCUGGAGCAUUGGGAAGAGGCCCUGGUCGCUAUCAUCCCACGGACAUGGAUAG